AUGAAACAUCAUGUCCGUCCGGCACUGACACAAGCUAUCAAGGAGCUUAUUGGUCCUGUUGCUGAAAGGGCUCUAAAAAUAGCCAUGAUCGUAACGGAAACACUUGUACGCAAGGAUUUCGCCCUUGAUCCCAAUGAAGAUAACAUGAAAAAAGCGGCCUAUCACAUGAUGCGAGCAAUGACUGCCGGAAUGGCGAUGAUCACAUGUCGUGAUCCGCUUGCCGGAACGAUGAUAUCAUUGCUACAGCAAUCGUUUACGAACUCAUUGCGGACAUCGAAUACUGAAUUGUCGAAGAUGAUCGAAGAAGCGGCGAGAGUAAUCACACAAGAUAAUAUCGAACUGACAACGAACUUCAUUGUGAAAACAGCAUGUGAAAAGGCAGCAGCUGAACUGGAGAAGCGGCUAGAAACCGAAGCGGCUCGCCGAGCUGCCGUACGACGUGAAGGUGCUGAAUGGCAUGAUGCUGCAAUGGAGAAGAUUCAAGCUGAGCUGCCACCUAGGAUUGCUAUCCAAGUUGGUCCCACAAGGAAAGAACAUCAGGCUAUUUAUGACCAGUUUAGCAGCCGAAUUUGCGGUUUCAAACCGACGAUUCCUGACGAGGCAUCGGCAAAUGUUAUGGAGCCGGUGAAUAGAGUGAUGUCAUUGCCGGAGACUGCCAAAGAGGUGGAACAACUCACUCAGCAGCUGAACAGUAUCAUUAAGGAAGUGGACAUAACAAUGCAAGCACAGCCGAAUCCAACAAAUAAGGUUUGUUUCCUUUCCAUCUAA